AGAUUUAGAAUAUUGUUUGGAAAUCUGAAUGCAGUUGUCAGACUUCACUGCAGCGAAUCCACAUUAAUCGUCGGCAUAAACAAAGUGAUGGAGCUGAAAUUUGAUGGACACACACAGCGGAAGCAGGGUUAAACCAGACGGAGAGAGAGUGAGAGAGUGAGGGAGAGGAGAAAAGCCAUCAUCUCUCCUGGAGAUCAAUAAGCGGGCCACACAGAGAGCAGACGGAUACAAGCCUUCCUCCCUCCCGCUCUGUCGCAUCCAUCCAUUCUCUUAUCCAUCCAUCUAUCCAUUCAUCCACCCAUUCAUCUCCAAGGGCGGUUCAAGGGGUGACGAGACCAGACGGACACAUGUUAUGCCGUGCGUAAAGCGUGACCCCUCGGUGUGUUUUUUACACGUUUUUUUUUUUGUUUUUUUGCAUCUGUUUCGCACUUGGAGACACUGACAUGAGGAGCUGAAACCGACACCGACCCAACAAUGAAAAUGCUCCGGUUUCGCAGCCCCAGCAUCCGCUCCUUGGACCAGGAGGUCCUCUGCACGAUCCGAUUACUGGACGACUCCGAGAUCUCCUGCACCAUCCAGAAAGAGACCAAAGGCCAGUUCCUGUUGGACCAUGUUUGUAAUCACUACAACCUGCUGGAGAAGGACUACUUUGGCAUACGAUACGUAGAUCCUGAGAAGCAAAGGCACUGGCUGGAGCCCAACAAGCCUGUGGUGAAGCAAAUGAAGUCAGCUCUGCAGCCAUUCACAAUGUGCUUCCGGGUCAAGUUCUACCCCAACGAGCCAAUGAAAAUUAAGGAGGAGCUCACCAGGUAUCUCCUGUACCUCCAGCUGAAGAGAGACAUCUACCACGGCCGCCUCCUGUGUCCCUUUGCUGAGGCGGCGUACCUGGGAGCCUGCAUCGUACAAGCUGAGCUGGGAGAUUAUGACCCAGAGGAGCAUCCAUCAGACUACAUCAGAGACUUCAAGCUGUUCCCUAAACAGUCCCUCAAACUGGAGAGGAAGAUUAUGGAAAUACACAAAAAUGAGCUCAGGGGCCAGUGUGCAGCCUUGGCGGAGUUAAAUAUGCUUCAAAGAGCCCACAACCUGGAAACGUAUGGAGUCGACCCCCAUCCAUGCAAGGACUUUACAGGCUCAACUGCCUUUCUGGGCUUCACGGCCACGGGGUUUGUGGUUUUCCAGGGAAACAAGAGGAUUCACCUCCUCAAAUGGGGUGACGUAAGCAAGUUAAAGUUUGAAGGCAAAACCUUUUAUGUCAUCGGAGUCCAAAAAGAGAUUAACUGUACCGUUUGUAAUCCUGUCCACCAUCACACACAAUCUAUAUGUGUGUCGCUGUUUCAGAUCUCCUUAACAGGCAGGAUUCAAUGUAACAGGAUGUCUUCACUGAAAAAGCUGGUGUUGACAUUUCACACCUCGACUCCUGCAGCAUGUAAGCACCUAUGGAAGUGCGGGGUGGAGAACCAGGCCUUUUACAAGUGUGUGAAGUCGAGUCAGAUAAAGACCGUCUCGAGCAGUAACAUCUUCUUCAAAGGCAGCAGGUUCAGAUACAGUGGAAAAGUAGCAAAGGAAGUGAUAGAGGCCAGCUCCAAGAUUCAGCGAGAUCCGCCCGAGGUUCACAGAGCACAGUUUGGUCAGAGUCGAAGCUUUAACUCUCUGAGCCACAAAAACCUGAUCAUGAACAUGGAGCCUCUGGUACCCGCACUGCCAUCCACCAACGAAUACGAAGAGGCGGCAGCAGACCCCGCAGGCGUCGUUGCUGUGAAGGAUCCAGUUCCUCUGUCUCCUCUCGAACCCUCAGCGGCGGCGGCGGACACAGAACAAUCAUGUGCAGAGAGGGGAAGCUCUUCUUUGAUCAAUGACCUGCAGCCUCACUGUGUCUCCAUGGAAACCCCAUACCUCCCACCCCUAACACCAAAAGCCGAAGACGGACUGGAGGAAGGCGACGAGGGCGGCGGUGCACUCACCAUCUCUGAACUUGCAUACAGCCCCUGCGCCAGCAUGCUCCCCACCCCAGUGGAAGACAGUCAGGGAGGAGUCAACCAGCUCUUCACCAGUCCUGUCCAGAGUCCCGCUAGACUCCUGAGAGAGCUCCAUGCUGACCCCGACAUCCAGGCCCAGUUGGAGGCCGAGAGGGAGCGGGACCGCGAAUUUGAACGCACUCGCCUGGCCGCCAGAAGCCGAAUGAGCGGAGUCCUGGCCAGCAGCCUGCGGCUGCUUUCGUCCAACGAGAGAGUCAACACCUGGGUGCUGGGGGUAGCCAGGUUCGUAGCCGUGCUCAUGGGGGUCCUGCUUGUCACUGUGCCCACACUGCUGCUGCUGCUGGAGUCGGACAUCGAYGUGUCGUUCCUCCACGAGAUCCGACAGACGCCAGAGUUUGAGCAGUUCCACUACGAGUAUUACUGCCCACUUCGACGCUGGAUUCUGUGCAAGAUUAGCAUGGCCAUGGAGAACCUGUGGUCUGACUAGGCAAGACAAGCCGGAGAAAGAGAGAGAAAUCAGUGAUGAGUCAAGGAAAAAGGAAAAAGCUGGGCCCAAAUGUUUGUCUAUACAUGUGAUUUAAUGUGAAAUGUCUUAAAAAGCGACGCCUCCCAAGGUAGACAAUUCAACCUGGCAAUGAGGUGAAGGAAAAUUGCUUGUUUGGAUUGAGUCAGUUUGUGCUAAACACUUUGGAAACGAGUAUUGUUCUUUCUCCUCAUUGGUAGAACGACUUACCUCUUAGUAAAACUGAAACUAGGGAGGGAAAUCCUUCUUUAUUAUGAAGUUGAAUCACUUGAUAAGACUGACAUUUCUGGCAAGAACUACCUGAGAACAAAAAGGGAAGUCAUGGAGGGAAGGUAAACUGAAAAAUGUAUUAGUUUUAUUGUUUUUAUUUUCGUUCAGACUUGAAGGCCUCGCCACUCUUGAUGCUGAUGAGUUCAGGCAAAGCCUUUACAGUAGGCUUCACAAACUGUUCUGAUUGGUGUUCAUCCUUCGAACCAGAUCACCUGAUUGGCUAAUCAAGUCUGUCAGUCAUGACGGAGUGGGUGGGAAAGGAAAGAGUAAAAAAUGCAUACUUACCAGUAAACAAAAGCAACAAUCUGAGCAACAGAUUUAAAAAAAAAAAAAAAAAAACUACACCAAGACAUUAAAAAUUGCUACCAAUAUUAAAUAAGUUGUUUUUAAAGUUUUGUACAUUUUUAUGUGAUUCAGAUCUUUCAGGAAUUUUUCAGUCAGAAGAUCUACUUUGAGCUUAUUUUCAAAUUAAGAGUUUACAAAAGAUUACUAAAAAAAUAAUAAAAAAGCUAAUUUACUGCAGUUUAUCAGAAUGAAGGGUGUUGAGAAACUAUUUUUUUAAGACUACCGUCAACAUGUGUCGUCUUUGUGGUAGAAAUCUGGUUUUACUCCAGCAGAGGUUAGAGCACAAAUCCUUCAGCUUUUUUUGGAUUAUUUGAUGUCAUUACAAAGGAAAGCCGUAGAGAAAAACAAACCUGUUUGUGAUGUUAGGAUGUUCUUUGUGGAACCGUCAAGUGUUUUAAAUGUUAGCUCGUGGACUAGCGUUCAUCGUUCAACAUGAUACUUUCAACAAAUGCAGCAAAGAAGAGAAAAGAAAAGGGAAGUGAAGACGCUUCUAAAUAGUGAAACUGAGAAUUGCUGUUUGAUUUAUGAUUUUGAAGAAGUUUGUUAUUGGCACAAAAUUAAGAAACAUAAGUGAUAAGUGAGUCUUUAGGUUGGUUUGGUUGAAUGGUUCUCAUACUUUUGAUUACAAGUACCACCUUAUCAAACACUAAGUACUAUUAACUGGGUCAGUGCCUCUCUUUGCCGUUUGACUUUGCCAGUGAACAAGCCAUUUCACACACACAGCUAAAACCAGAUAUUUACACACACUCUGUAAAAAUAAGCAGAUAAUUUUUUGUCUUUUCUCACAAUGAACAAGACUUGAUUUGUUGCUGUUGUAGCUGCCAGCAGUAUUUUUAUUUGCUAAAUGUCAGAGUAAUGAGAACAAAUUACUGUCAAUUAUAGCUCAUUGCUAUAAAUUCAGAGGUUUACAGACACUAAAGUUUGAGAAAGCCCAGAUGACUCUGCCAUGGCUUUGUGAGCUUAAGCUGCUUGAAAACAUUGGCCUUGUAAAAAUCUACUAGUUUUACUGUUUAGGGAGGUUGAAUACAUGUCGAAUUAUUAGUUGCUGCAGUCUUACUUAAGACAAUUAGCAGGUUUUUAAUUUGGUGCCCAUUUCUAGUAGUUAUCUUGCUGGUAAAAACAGAUGCGUUUUCCUUUUUUAGGCCACAGAUAUUUAUUACCCCAUCAAACCACUCCUAAUUUGCUAUUUGGUUUCUGUUUUAUCCGUCAUGUCAUUGACUAAAUUUGAAGCCUUAUCUGAAAAACAGUCCCCUUUUAUUUUAAGAGCUGUUUUAAUGAUUUCUUUCUCCUGCAUGCGUUACACUCGCUGUUUGUUUGCCUAGAAAAUCGUUUGUUACUUUUUGUGAACACCCUAAAUUUAGCAAAUAACACUGAUUUCCAACUCAUUUUCAGACCCGAUUUCCCUGAUAAAUCAGACACUGCGUAAUAUUAAAACUAGCAGUGGUACUUGUACCAGAAUGUGAGAACCACGGGCCUAGUCCAAUCAUUCAAACCGUUCACUGGUGUAAAAGAAAUAAUACCAAACAUAUUUACCCAACACAAACACAAAUUUGAACUGAUCUGUAUUCAUUUUUAGGAUGAUCCAUAGAAAUGCCUACUCACUCCACCUUUGCUGUUGUUCUAGGUAAAGUCACAAAAGUAUUUAAAGAGAUAAUUGCUUGGAAAAGUAGUUGAGAAAGUUGCUGCAUUGGAGUAUCUUACCGUCAUUCAGUUCUUUGUUUUGUGAAGCAUUAACGUAAUACAAGAGAAGAAAGUCUGGGAUAAAAUCAUCCGUGACUGAAAAAUAUUCAACUAUCAGUAAAUUGUUAAUAUGUAAAGGCUACGAAAGACAAACAAUGGUGAGCACGGGACUUGGUAAGACUAAAAAAAACCGUAACAUGUAGCUUACUCUCAGGAAAGCUCAACUGUUUAUGUUAACAUGAAAACAGAUGUCACACAAAGGAUAUAUUAACACACAUUACAGUCACGUGCUUUUCUGGACACCAAAGCAGUUUAUGUGGAACAAGAUAUUAUGGCUGCAGAUUGUCUGCCUAAUUUAAUCAGCUGUGUAUGCAUCAUGUCAUUCUAAUAGGAACUGGAACAUAAAGUGUCUCCUUCAAUGUGCUUUUACUGAAUAAGUAACAUUUAUCUUACAUGCAGAUGUCACUUUUCAUCCAGUCUGUCAGGCUGCAGCACACAGUCUAACAUCAAAUUCUCUUCUAUCUGAUGUCUUAUGAUCAGCUGUAUUGCUAUGUAACUUUAUACACUUUAUGCAUUUGCAAGUUUUAUGCAUAGAAAAUAUGCAGUAACAACAGAAACAUGUACUUUAAGACAAAGCAUUUAUUUUCCUACGACAGCACAUGCACUGACUUUCAUAGGUGAACCUAAGCAAAGGGCCAAAACGCCAUGACGGCGUUUUACUUUAAAUGUCACAGAUCUGAGUUCAGCUUUGCUUCACUGUGGAGGAUGAACCUGACCCGUAUGCACUGACACUGUAACAUAAUUCUCACCCAAUGACAGACGAAUAUGUCCUUUUUUCCCUAAAUGUCAUGACAUCAAAAAGACUUGUGAUACUUUGCAGAACAAACAAACAAACAAAAAGACUAUGUAAACACAUCAUGUACAUUUAUAAAGACAUAGUUUGUCACUGGUUUUAGAUUGCUGUGCUGCAACUUUUAUAUUAGUUCACUGGCUCCAUUAGCUCUCAGUGCAAACUGCAUGUCCUCAUAUGUAAAUAUUGUGUUUAUAGUUGUGGUUUAAAUAAGAAGAAAAAAACAGGCCGACUGCAGGUAAAGAUUUUCCUCCUUUCUUCCCUAUGUAUGUCUUUGUGUAAAGAGGCUUGGCUGUCUCAUCCAUUUUAAAAUAAUGCAUGUUAUCUGUGUUUCUGUCAGCUGAGAGAGGAACAUUCAUCCCACAUACUCUUGAAAGCUUUGGUUCUCAUUCAUAAUUAGGCUUUAAUCUUAUUUAUCUGCUUGAUGUUGGUUGCACGUGGUUUUCUGCAUUAACUCUGUAAGAGCUUCCUCUCAGAUAAAGCAUAAAAAUCUUAAAUAAUUCAAGAAGUUUUGGAAAUGUACAUUUCUUCUGGCCCCCAAAAAGAAGCUGCGAAAUACUUGAAGAGUUAGCUUCAUCAUGCUACGCUAUGUCACUGUAAGCCAUUAAAGCUAAGCUAAUCUCAUCGCUAACAGCAUGCUUGCAUGUUAGCAGCCAAAAACUGGAUUCAUGUGAUUUUAGUUGAGAGAAACAUACAUUUAACAGGACUCCAGUCAUGGUCAACAUAUAUGUUCCGUUUGUGAAAGCAAGUGUAAAAACCCUUAACCUCUGCAAACAAUGAACAAAACUUUUGGUUCUGAAAACCCUCCAUAGCCUGAUAUGACAUGUAGCACGGCCACCGUAGCUCAUUUUUCUGUUAGCAUUCUUUGAUGGCAUUUGAUUGAUUUGAGUUUGUAGCUCCUGCUAUUUGAGCUAAAUAGCCUCCUGUGUUUGAUAACUCAGUAGUUUGAUGGAGAGUAGGCCUACAGCUGAUAUUAGUUGUGAUUUGAAUCAUAAUAAAUCACAAAAUGAUGCACCAGCUGAUGUUACUUGAGUUGUUAAUGAUGUGGUCCUUUAAUCAUAAUUUCAAAUUCAAAACCAAAUUUUCUGUCAUUUAAAUCAAAUUUGACAAAUAAAAUAAUACCUGAAAUUUAAAUUGUAUAAAAUUAUCAACUGUUUUUAGCAAAUGUAUUUAAGAUUAUAAAACUCAGGUCUUAUAUAUGCAAAAAAUGCUGGAUAAUAAGUAAAAGGGUGCGGGAAGUGUAUUAAUUCAGCGUUUUAUGUGCAUGUACAGUAGCAGAUUAUCUUGCACGGUUCCUCUGGUGUGUUUUUUUCAAUUGUCAACCAAACUGAUUGUUUUGAAGGUUAUGUGGUUACAGUUCCCAUUAGAAGUUUACAUACAGCCAUCAUGUGUCAUGGAUGUAAUCCUGGUAAUACUGAUUUGAGGAUUUUACUGGAACAUUUAUGUUUUGAGUGUGGAGAGGUCAAAAUUAUUCUGAAAGUUAGUAGGUUUCAGGAAACCUACUAACAGUAGCCAAAGAAACUUAAGUGAUAUAUCAGCCAAAUGUCAGUGGAAAUAUCAGGGCCUGUAUAUUUUAUGAUGAAUUAUUUAUGAAUUAAACAAAAUCCACAGUAAACCUGUGCACUAUCCUCCAAAAUGUUUUAUGUUGUUGUAUUAUCCAUCCAACCUGGAAAAAGUAAAAUUUCAAUUCAUUACGAAGAACCCAAAAUAUGAUGACUGUAUGUAAACUACAGACUGGGGUUUUAGUUUUUGAUGUUUAAGUUUAUUUUUUAUUUUUAGACAGUUCUUUUUGUUGUUUGUCUGUUUUGGAUUUUUUUUUUUCUUUUCAGUCUCUUUGACUAAGCCACUCUGGGAGAUUUUUCUUUUUAAAAUCAAUCUGAAGAAAAAAGAAAGAAUAAAGAAAACCAGAGACAACCAAGCCUUAUGAAUUUUGUGGAGUAAAACUUUGAAUGUUUGUAUGUUCUAAAAAUAAACAUGGAUUGUUUUCUAUGUUAAUACUGCCACAAUAAAGAUCCCUAAAGAAUAUGGUUAA